CGCCCGGCAUGGAGAAGCGGGGCAAGCGGGUGGACUGCCCGGCGCUGCCCCCCGGCUGGAAGAAGGAGGAGGUCAUCCGCAAGUCCGGGCUCAGCGCCGGCAAGAGCGAUGUCUACUAUUUCAGUCCGAGUGGGAAGAAAUUCCGAAGCAAGCCUCAGCUGGCCAGGUACUUGGGGAACACGGUCGACCUCAGCAGCUUUGACUUCAGGACGGGGAAGAUGAUGCCCAGUAAACUACAGAAGAACAAACAGAGAUUAAGAAACGAUUCGCUCAGCCAAAAUAAGGGUAAACCAGAUUUAAACACAACGCUGCCAAUUAGACAAACAGCGUCUAUUUUCAAACAGCCUGUAACCAAAGUCACCAACCAUCCCAAUAACAAAGUGAAGUCGGAUCCACAGCGGGUGAUUGAACAGCCCAGACAGCUAUUCUGGGAGAAGCGGCUGCAAGGCUUAAGCGCGUCAGAUGUGAGCGAGCAGAUCAUAAAAUCCAUGGAGCUGCCGAAAGGCCUUCAAGGAGUCGGCCCAGGAAACAACGAUGACACCCUCUUAUCAGCCGUUGCCAGCGCCCUGCAUACCAGUUCUGCCCCCAUCACAGGACAGCUUUCCGCUGCCGUUGAAAAGAACCCCGCCGUCUGGCUUAAUACGUCCCAGCCUCUAUGCAAAGCCUUCAUUGUUACAGAUGAAGACAUUAGGAAACAAGAGGAACGAGUGCAACAGGUGCGCAAAAAGCUCGAGGAGGCCCUGAUGGCGGAUAUCCUGUCACGAGCUGCAGAUGCUGCUAAUUUAGAGGAGGUCGAGAUGGACCACGAAGAAGAAGCAUAAGAAACCAAGAAUCAGGUACUUAAACAGAAUUAUCCCUGGAGGAAAUUCCUGGAAUCUGGUGCGAUUUUUUUUGAUGUUCCCAAUUGGUUCCCCGUUGAUAAGAAGAGGACUCAUGCACAUUAUAUAGCUUUCUAAUAGCAUUAAAAACCAAGGCCUUUUUUUGGCUCGUAUUUUUUUGAUGUAUAUAUCUUCUUCAAAA